AUGGCAUCGUCGUCGCCUCAGGUCAAACUGGACAGCGCUAUCCGUACCACUGACGAGUACGCAGCCGCCUUCGACCUCGAAGUAUGGAAAGCGCAGCAGCAACUCCAAUACCAGGCACAGCUGCGUCAGGCGAAGGAGCGGCUGGAGCGCCGCCUGCGCAAGGAGGCACGAGAGUCGGAGAAGAAAAAGAUGGCAGAGCUUGAGCAACUUCGCCAAGAGCUAGAGACAAUGGGGCACCGGCUACAGGUGGCUGGUGAGACGCUGGAAAAGCGCACCGCUCAGCUGGAUGCUUGUGAGGCCGCUUUUAACAUGAAACGAGUGAAGGUGGCAGAACAGCAUGAGGCAUAUGUCGCCCGCGCCGAAGAGCAGGUGCGCCGCAGCCGUGAGGAGGCCCAGAUUUCCCAAUCCAGCCUUCAAGCAAGAUUGCAAGAGAAGGACCGCACCAUUCAGCAACUGCAGGAGAGAGUCAGCUCAGCGCAGCAAGAGUAUGACCUACUCCGACGACGCGCAGCGCGUUACCUGACCGAGCAGACCGACACCGACGGCCAACGACUACGGGAGCAGGAGUGCGCGCUGAGUCUGGCGCAGACACAGCUGGCGGAGGUGCAACGCCAGCUGCGAGAGAAAAGCGCGGAUGUGGACCGUCUGGCAGAGUCUAAGGCGACCUUAGAGCAGCAGCUGUACGAGUUCAAGCGGCAGCUCGCGAUCGUCACGCGCAAAUACCAUCGACUCUGUGAGGAGUACCAGACGCGUGAGUGGGAGCGUCUGCGCAGGGAACAGGAGGCUCUGAGCACGGCGAAGCGAGGGCAGGCCCUACAAGCGCAUCGACUACAGCAGCAGAAGCAGACGUUGGCGGCAUCUUUUCUGCCAAUUGGCUUUAUCAACAGCGCUGCAUAUACUACCGCGGGGAACACGGCUCGCAGCGUUGCAGAACAAGAUGACUUUUACGCAAUGCUGACAGAUCUGAAACAGGAGGUGGCGAGUGGGCUAGCAGCGAUCAACCGAACCUCACGUUCAGGUUCCCUUCCCUUCACUGUUGUCGAGAGACCUGCAGGGGCUCUCCGCUCGACUGCCCACGACACCAGCUGCCACUCCCAAGCAUCUCCGCAGUCACGCAUGCGCGCUAUUUCCGUCACCGUCGCGGAGAGCGCUGGGGACUCUUUAACAGGUGCCCCUUCCCCUCAAGACCCCACAUUAGAGUCCUCCUCUGUCUCUGGGGUUUCACGCAUUUCACAGACAAAGCCGCCACCGCGCACGCAGCAGAAGUUGCAAGUGGGCGCGUCUGGUGCUGAGACAAACGUAGUGGUAGACAUGGGCGAUACUUCUAUCGACAGCACCUACCCUCCAGCUGACUUUCAACCCUGGUCGGCAUCCAUACUUGAGGGUGAAGAGGACGGCGUUGCUCCUCUGCCGUCCGUGCGCGCCGGCACCCUUCCCCCACUCGCCCCGGCACAGCGUGGCCUGGAGGAGGCGUUGCCUGACACUGCUUCACCGCAUAUCUCACCAACGCCAGAGGAGUUCGUGCUUGCCAGGGAUGCGCCGCUGGACCACACGUCCAGCGCUGCGAAGUCGGCAGCGGCGCGGCGCGAUAUGGAGGUCUUUGUGCACCAGCUGAAGAUGAAUCGCGAGAAGCUCUUGGAGACUGGCGUGUACUCAGAGGAUGAUCACGUGGUGAAGGAGAUGCGGGAGAAGAUACGCAUGUACGAACAGUACUUGACUCAGCAGCGGCAGUGA